GUCGUCGUCAUGCCGUUCCAGCGAGGGAUAUCAUCAUCAUCGCUCGCUCCGUUUUUCUCCCGCUCGCCAUUGCGUCGAGUACCCAUCUCUCUUCAGCUCGCGUGCAAAUAUGGCGUCCACGUCGAGCGAUCCACCGACGUCGGGGACGCGCAGUGCUGCCAAUUCGCCGACAGCGCCGCUAUUGACGGACGACCGCCAUUAUAGAUUCCGUUGUGAGUGACCGAGUCUCAGCGUUGGUGAUCGCGAACUUCUUACGGAAAACUCCGUCGCGUUUUCGACAUUACGCUCCGUCGUGCACUUGCCGCAAAUUCGAAAAGAAGAUUAGAGAUAAAGAUAGAGAUAGAGAAGAAGGAAGAGAGAGGCUACAGAGAAAAAUUAAACAGAUAGAUCGUCGAGAGGUGCGGAAACGUACGGCUCACCCACGGCCGGAAAAGCAACGAUGAAAACGUACAGCAGGAAAAAGGGCGACAGCCCGAGCAAUGUGAUCAUUCAUGUGAAUGAGCUGUGCCGACUGUGUUUAGGCAAGGAGGAGGAGAUGGUGCCGAUCUACGACGACGAGACCGUGCCGUUGCCGCUGCGUAUACUCGCCUGCGUCAACAUCGAGGUCUACGAACAGGAUGGUUUACCUAACAUGAUAUGUCAUCCGUGCAAAUAUCAAUUAGAAAAAUCUUAUCAAUUCAGAAAAAAAUGUCAAGCUGCAGAUGUCAAACUCAGAAAACAUAUGAAAUUAAUACAGCAAUUGACUGGACAGGACGAAGAAGGCGAAAACCAGGAUAGCAACAAGGACGAUUCAAAGGAAUCCACUACUGGCAAAUCUAAACAAGUUAAACAAUUGUUAGCUGAUCUAGUUUCAACCAAAGGUGACAGUAGCCAAGCAGAUGGAGAUCCAAUUGAAGUGACAGAGGAGGAGCUUGUCGGCGGAUACAUCUUGGGAAUGAAUUCCGAGAAUCCAGAAAUGGAGGAAAGUGUUUCGGAGGAUCCAGAAAACAUUACAUUGGUACCACCCGAGGAACGAACUGCUAAGGCUAGAUGCACAAUCAGAACAACGCGUAUUAAGCAGGAACAAGAGUCCGAAGAUGAAGCCGAAGAAGUGCAGAGAGCAAUCGCAAAUGCAGAUCACAAAAAUGUUUACAUGAUGGAACUUACUAGCAACAAUUCCACUCAAGGAGAAUCAUUGAAACUGCAGCCUAUGGGUGACACAAUAGUUGAUGCAAAUCCAGAAUUGAAGGUGUUCAAAUGUGAUAAAUGUCCGAAAGCAUUUACCCGCAGAAUAAUGCUGAAAAGUCAUCAGUCUGUACACUCCACACAGAGGGGUUUCACAUGUCAAGCUUGUGAUAAAUGGUUUCCGACAAGAUCCGCGCUCGUGAGACAUGAACGUACACAUACAGGCGAAAAACCAUUUGGUUGCAAUAUCUGUCACCGCGCUUUCGCGCAGAAAGAGAUUCUAUUCCGCCACUUGAUGACACACUCUGGUCAAAAACCCUUCCAAUGUCAGCACUGCGAGAAGAGCUUCACACAGCGGGAAGCUCUUAAGGUGCAUAUGCGUCGGCAUCAGAAGCUGAAUCCGAAUGAUAUCCAGCUGCAUCAUUGCCAGCUCUGUCCAAAGGCGUUUUGUCAUGCAUCAGGUCUUAGUAGACAUUUGGUCACGCACACUGGCAGAACAUACAAGUGUGUUGAGUGCGAAAAGUCUUUCACUGAUAAGAGUUCGUUGCUAAGACAUAGUCGUAUCCAUGCGCCCAAGAAAAUCAUAGCAAAUUGAGCAAUGAACUUUUGUUGUUCAAUUUGCUAUGAUUUUCCUGGGAUGUUCUGUGGAUACGAAAAUAUUUCUUUAAAAUUGACAACCGGAAUUAGGCUUCCAAUUAAUAAGAAAAAUCUGCAAAAUAGAUUUGCAAAGAAAUUAUGGUUAUUUAAUUGCAAUGUAAGUACAUUUCAUCUUAGAAAGCAUUACAUUUUUUUUAUCAUGGUCAUCCUUGUAUAAUUGCUAUAAGAAGUUUGCAAUUUGAAGAACAGAAUUUUAUCCAAAUAAUAUUUUUGUGUAUAUAUAUAUAUAUAUAUAUAUAUAUAUAUAUAUAUAUAUUCAUAUUCUUUCAAAAAUAUAAAAAAGUAUAUGUACUUUAAUAUAUAAUGAAUUUGGUCACCUACGCUACAUUAUACUGAUGCAUAUUGAAAAUUGCUAUGUAUGAAAUUAUUUUAAUACACAGGCAUAGUAUAAACAUUUUGACGAAUUUUAAAUACCCAUAUUAUCGUCGUUAGUUAAUAAAAUAUUCAUCGUCAAAGUGCUUAUAUUGUAUUCUUGUAGUAUUGUAUCCCUUAAUACAGCAGUCUUCAGUGUACAUUUGUAUAGUGCAGAUGAUUAAAGUUGCUAUGUGAUUUUUCACAAGGAAUCUUCAAAUAUCAAGAAAUGUUAAAUGCAGUGUCGAAUAAAGUAAAAUCGGAUACAAGCCUUAGUAACAACUAAAUAUUUCAAUUACUCUACUAGUUUUUUGUGCAAUAUAUACAAGGGUGAUUGAAAUAAACCUGUUUCAUUUUAAGUUCUGAACAUUCAUUUAAACGAUAUAGUUCUGCUUUUACAAGAAUGGAUCCAUACUACAAUUUAUUAUAUUUUAAGUCGCAUAUAAAAUAAAUCUGAAAUUACUAAAUAAUUGCAACAUAUUAAAAGUAAUGUUAUACAGUCGAAUAUAGCACAUUUAGCAUUUUUGGUACAUUAUUAAAUGCAUUGAUAUAUUAUUUAGUUUUCUACUUAAGGCAGCAAUAUAUAUUAUAUAUUAUAAUCUUGUAUCUCAUUUAUUACAUUCUUAUAACUAUAAUUUUUUAUGCAUAAAACGUAAGUUUAUCUUCUAUGACUCCUUAUCAUGUAUGUUUAUAACAAUUCAUAAUUGUUGUAUAUAGUUUUAAAUAUAAGGAUAUAUAUAUAUAUAUAUAUAUAUAUUUCAUAUUGGAAUUUAUUUCAUCUAUAGAUGUACACAUACACUCACAUACACACACGUAUAAAUCACUCUUUAUAUAUUAUUUCUAUAAUUUUCUAAAUCCAUAUAGUGUUGUGUUAAAAAAAUAUAUAUAGAUAUUAUAGAAUUUUGUAUAAACAGUAAGAGGAAGAAGAGAAUGCCUUUUUUUAUGAAUGUAAGAAUAUUCUUCUUUGAGAAAAACAUUUUUAAUUAUAAAAGAAAAUUAUAUAUAAAAUAGAUAGAAAAGAAAAAAUUUUAUAUAUUAUAAUAUAUAUGAAAAUAAGUUCCACUAAUGAGGAUACAUAUAUAUUUUAUUUAAAGCUGUCUUACUGGGUGAUAUGCAUACCUAUAAUAUUUUACACUUUAAAAGUAUUGCUAUAAUGUAGCAAAAUGCGCAAUAUAAUAUGAAGGCUACUUUGAUUACAGAGAUUAUAUAUAUUCUACACUUUUUUGUAAUUAUUUAUACAUUUCGUUAUAUCAUCAAAUACUGAAGAGUGAUACUCAUUACGUGUAAAUGCAUAUAAAAGUUGCUCGCUACGUCACGUAAUAUAUGUAGCCAGUCGCAGUGUCUAGUGCAACAGAGCUCAUAUUGAAAGGAAAUGUUUACAGAAAAUGCAAUAUUGGUCUAUUAGAUGCAAAUUCUAUGUUACUGGGAAGAUCGAGGAGUCAAAUGUAGAGAGAGAAAGAGAGAGAGAGAGAGAGUAUAUAAUAAAAUGAAUGACAGUAAAUGUUUUUUUUAUUAAAAAAUCCGUUUUAUUACGUGUUUUUCUUUUACGAUAUUUUUUGUGCACUAUUACAUAUAUAUAUAUAUAUUGCCGAUAUUAUAAUUUACGUCGCAUAUCGCACACAUUAAUUCUGACAGAGACUAAAUCUUUUUAUACAAUUUCUCUAUAUUUGUUUCCCAUUAAAAUCUUCGAUAAUGUCGGACAAAUUGUACCAGUACCAAAAACAAUUAAAAAUUCUACAUUUUUGAGCUCCGUCACACGAUCUAUGGCUGGAUCUCUAUCAGGAUCUUUUUUUCUUUUAAUAUUUGCCGCUAUAAUUAAUCUACUUAGUUAAAACUGAAUAGCAAAGAGGGAAAUGACCACAUGAUAACAUGAUAUUUAAUGAAACAAACACAUUCGUGCUAUACCAUAUAUUCACGCGCACUAUAAAGUGUUUUAACAAUGGUUUCUCUCAUCGGUAAUGUAUUGAUCGGUCCGAUAUUAUAUGUCGCAACUAUACCGUGAAACUUUCGAACAUAGCUUCUGAACACAAGCAUCAUUUCCUGCUUUGCUAUGUACACUUUUGCCAAAGACACGUCAUUGUUCUCAAUUUAUAUUUUCUGACAUUUUUACCGCUUUAAUGAUUGUAAUAAUUAAAAUAAAGAUACGUACACGAAA